AUGGAGAUCGUCGAAGCAGAGGAGCAUCCACUCUUUCCUGUAGCGGACCGCCUUUUGACAUUGCGAGAUACUGCUAUAAAUUCCUUAACGCCGGAUGACAUUCCCGAACGUCUUGACCUGGUCACUAACCUCCUGAAAGCAAAUAAGAGGCAUAUCGACCGCUCGCGGCGCUCGCGCGACAGCCUGGAUCACUUUAUCUUGUCUGUAAUUGCAGUGGCAUCUAGACAACAAAUUGCGUUGUAUCGUUCGAUAGCCCAAAAUGAUAAUGAUUUCGAGCGCACGCUCGAUCGUUUGUGCGACGAAAUGGACACCUUUUUCGUUAAUUCUGACCUGAAGCGAAAGCGCACGUCACCUCUUUCGCGCCGUUCCAAGUCGGUGGAAAGCAGCUCCCUCACAGAAUUUCAUGAUACAGAGGGAUUACCCGUCAAAGGACUUGGAACUCAGGAAGAACCAGAAGCACGUGGACGCCAAAUGGAAGGAUCGUCUGGUCAACAGCGGUCGGUCAGCGAGAGCGGUCGACCGAAACGUCCCAACCAUCCUCCGUGGAAAACCCAAAUACUAUUUCAGUGGUAUUAUCAGCAUCGCGCUAACCCUUACCCAAGUGAGGCCGAGAAAGAAGAGUUAUGCAACGAGACCGAAUUAAACGCAAAACAGCUUAAUGAUUGGUUCAUUAAUGCGCGACGACGGUACCGCAUUCCCAGACAAGGCACAAUGGAUGCCACUUCAUAG